CACCACAUCAACAGCACCCGACACGGCUGCUGCUGGAGCUCGUCACUGUCUGCAUCGUCACCUUACGACGCGCUGGGCUGCAGAGCUCAAAUCCCUCCCUUCCUGCGUCUCCCUCUCCUCUCCACCUGAGCUUGCGCCUUACCUCCAGUUUCUUGUCGCUCCUUUGCCUUGAUUACAUGCGUGUCCGUCAACAGAUCUGAGGCGCGCGCGUUUGCGUAUCUGAAAAGUAUACUCUCUUUUCGAUCCUGUUCAACUGCAGACCAUGGCAGAAAACAAGAGAAACUCGGUAUCUGGGAAACUUGCUUCACCAAAGCCAGGUGGGGCGCAGAAGGACUUGGCCGAUAUGGGCGACGUCCUCUACAAAGCUGUCGGAGCGCGAGUCAAAGUCUCGGUGGCGCCACAUAAUACCGCCUACGAGGGUACAAUCUUUGCAGUCUCCCCUGAGACGAACCUGCUCGCCAUCAAUACAGCGCCACCUCCACCGAACCCAAGCACCUCUGCGUUCUCUCAGCCCGGCAACUUUCAUGUCAUACCUAUAUGCCACCUCCUUUCGUUCACUGUCCUCAGUCCAGCCGAGCGCACCGAAGGCGCUGUAGAUGGAUUCGCAGGUGUACAGCCCCCAAUCGACAAACUGGACACUGCUGCGUUGAGCCAGCGCGAAGAGGCAGCUGUUAGGAAAUUGAAGGAGAAGGAGGCCACGAAGAAUAGAGCCGUUAGCAAAGAAGGCCAAGACAUCUUCGACUCUAUAGCCAGGACUCUCCCUUGCCGCUGGCAUGAAGCCUCAAUCAUCGUCAACGAUGCAGUCAUGAUCAAGCCUCCAUAUCGGGUCGAGGACUGUCAGGCACCCAAGGACAAGGAUAGGAGUCUGGCGCAGGUGAAGAAGAUAUUGGAAGGCUUCCUUGCGCGGAAGGGGAGGUCAGCCACCACGAAUAACGUUAGACCUGCGGUUGCGACCGCAAUACCUCUUCGCAAGGGUGGAUGAGAUUGUCCGUCGCUGCGAGCGACGACCUGAUUCCGCUAGGUGUACACUCCUAUGGACCAGACAGAAGGCCUGGCAGCAAUUGGAUCAGUCUUUUGGGUUGGCAUACUAGCAUUCACGCGUGGGGAAGAUGCACAUAUGUUGUCUCGGGAAGCAAGGGAGUCUGAUAUGACUACAGAAGAGCGUGUUGCUGACCAUGUAGCUGAGGUCGAGUAUGCGGCGGCCAUAUGCCUCAGCACCAUAGACUCCG